AUGAUCGUAAGACUUCCACCAGAUAUAAGAAACUGCCUCGUCUUGCAAUCGAGGGGUCUUCGAACAUCUGCAACUUCACCUGCUCCCGUCAUCAUUCUUCCCUCUCUAAGAAUCAAACGACCCUGGCUACGCAAGCCACUAUUCCUGCACCGAGUUUUCCCAGGACCGAAGCUGAUCAAGGGCACGCGCAUUGGAGCUGGAUACUUUCUUCUUUUUCAGGAGAAUAGUAUUCCUAGCGUUGAAAAUAAGCCCCCGAGCGUACAGCGUAAUCUAGCCAGGAUGAAGUCCAAGGUUACCUUCCUCUCUACGCCGACAGCAGAUACGCCAGGGACGACCUUACUGCUGCACUUUGACGAUAAGAGAUACAUCAUCGGGGAUGUAGCAGAAGGAACGCAGCGGACGGCGAUACAGAGGAAGUUGGGACUGUCCAAGGUCACCGAUAUCUUUCUCACGGGCUCUGUUGGGUGGGGAAAUGCGGGUGGUAUUUUGGGCACGAUUCUCACUCUGGCGGAUAUCGCCACUCUGCAAUGGGAAGCGAAGAAGCAGGUUGCUGAGAAGACGAAGAUUAAGAUGGGCUUGGACAAGGCGGAGCACGUUGAGAAGCAGUGUCUGAAUAUCCAUGGAGGGCAGAAUUUAACGCACUUGCUUGCGACUGCGAGGCGGUUCGUAUUCCGAAAGGGCAUGCCGCUAUACACGAGUGAAUUCAGACCGAAGGUUGACGAUCCUACGACGCUGUUCGAACCGACGUGGAAGGAUGAUCAUAUCAAGGUGUGGGCUAUGGCUAUCGAGUCCGAGGGUGCUGCGCCGAAGCGGAGGAAGAGAAGCCAUGAGGAAUUCUCUAACGAAGGCCUCACUCCUUCUACUUCGGUGGAUGGCACGGCAGAGACCCCAGCAGAGAUGGAGGAACGCUAUGACCAGAUGAGGAAAGCAGUCGUGUCUCACAUGUUCCAGUCGGAAUGGCGCCUAGAUGCCCUGGUCAAGACGAAGCUUUCAAAAGUUCAGAGGCCGGCUGCCAUCUUUGUGAGAAACCAGUCAGGCAAGAUUGAGAAAUAUCACGGCCCGACGGUCGCUGAGAGCCCCUCUACACCAGAUAUCGAGGUUCUGGUCAGAAACCCCUGGCCGGGCGCGAUGAUCGAGAGUCUGCCUCCGACCACACCCUCGAAGAAUUCCCUCUGCUACAUCAUCAAGAACCACCCACAAAGAGGCAAGUUCAACCCGAAGGUUGCCAAAGAGCUGGGUGUUAUUCCAGGGCCGGCAUUUAAGCAGUUGUCUGAUGGAAUCGAGGUCACUACGUCCGCUGGAAAUGUCGUCACGCCUGACAUGGUUUUGGCCAAGGGCUCUGAUGGCAGUGGCUUCGGGAUCAUGGAGCUUCCAGACUCGUCCUACAUCGCGCCAUUGCUGGCUCGCUCGGAGUGGUCUUCAAGUAAUGUGAUGCCUGGUAUCGGGGCCGUGAUCUGGAUCUUGGGUCCUGGUGUUGCCGAGGACCCCAGAUUACUGAAGUUCAUGCAGGAACACCCUGAGAUGAAACACAUUGUUUCAUCAAAGGAAUGUUGCUCGAACUACAUUGCCUUGGAGUCGCCAGCUUCGGCUGCUGUCAGACUCAACCGCGUGGAUCCCGAGCGUUUCCCGGUACCAAAGUUUGACAAUGAGCCUGCUUUGGUCCCAGCCGCUGAUACCCCUUACAUCCAGGCGAGAGUUGGUCAGAGUCUGACUCUGGAGCCCAAAGUAGAGCUUCAGGACAAAGAUAUCGUUCCUUACCUCGACAUGGCUACUGUUUUCCAGGAAGAAAUGCCAGAGGUACUCGAGCUGGCUAAGAAGGCUCAUGAGGAAAUCUCGAGUCUGGAGUUUCUGGCUCAUCUCAACGAGACCCAGCAAGAUAUACCUUGUAAGGACGCAGAAGUGAUUACUCUAGGAACUGGUUCGGCGCUCCCUUCGAAGUACCGAAAUGUCUCGGCAACUCUACUGCGAGUGCCUGGGUAUGGCAGCUACCUAUUUGAUUGUGGCGAGAAUACAUUGGGACAAAUCCAGCGUGUCUUUGGCGACGAGACUCCCGACGUCCUGCGCGACUUGAAGGUUAUUUGGAUCAGCCAUCUGCACGCCGAUCAUCAUUUGGGUACGGUCACAGUCGCCAAGGAAUGGGCUCGCGUCACAGCAGCCAACGAACUCACGAAGGACAACACGCUGAUCGUAGCAUCCGAUGACGGCAUGCUCAAAUUUCUCGGAGAGUUUGCAGAAGUCGAAGAUUUCGGCUACGAUAGAGUUCAGCCUAUUGCCAUGGCACGGCAUAACGGUUACUGCCACACCUUCUCAACCGAAGAUAAUUCAACUUCCGGUCUCUCGUCUAUAGAAGCCUGCGCAGUAGAGCAUUGUCAUGGCGCCCUAGCUGUUGUCUUCAAUUUCCCGAACGGAUUUAAGGUUGCCUACUCAGGUGACUGCAGACCAUCUGAUAAAUUUGUUGAUAUUGGCAGAGAUGCCACGUUACUUAUCCAUGAAGCUACAUUCGACGAUAUCCUUCUUAACGACGCCAUCGCUAAAAAACACUCGACGACUUCCGAGGCUCUAGACGUUGGGCGAAAAAUGAAUGCCAGACGCAUCCUGUUGACGCAUUUCUCGCAACGCUACCAGAAGAUUCCUGUGAUGGAUAAAGAGGGCAAAGAUCAGGUUGCAAUCGUUGCCUUUGACUACAUGCGCUGCAAGAUCGAGGACUUUGCUAAGCUGGACGCGUUCAAGGAUGCGCUCAUCAAACUCUAUGAGGAAAAGGAGUAG